AGUCUGACUGGGGUGUGUGAGCCACAUCUGGAAUAGUAGCUACAGAGAAAGAAGUCGAGAGAAGCAGAACCUCGCUGAUACUUUCCUCAACUCUUCACUUCAGCACUCCCUUUUUCACGGAAACAAACUUCUUGCUUUGCCUAGCUAUUUAUCUACUUGAAAAAUGCUGCUCAUCCUGCUCGGAGUGCUUAUCAUGCACCUAAUCAUUCUCAUUCUUCUCAUUGUGUCGACAGCAGCCAGUACCUGGUCUGUAGGUGGGGAUACGAGCACAGAUCUAUGGUACAGCUGCAUGACAUCUAAUGGAGGCUACCACUGCAAGCCAGCCAGUAGUGAAGACUGGAUCCAGGCAGUGCAAGCCCUCAUGAUCCUGUCCCUGCUCUUCUGCUUCUUCUCCCUCAUUGCGUUCGUGUUUCAGCUGUUUAAACUGGUCAAGGGCGGACGCUUCUUUUUCACCGCCAUCUUCCAGAUCUUGGCAAGUGUGUUCGUGAUGUGCGCGGCGAUCAUCUACACUGUGAUGAGUCCAAAUGAUGGAGCCACACAAUUCGGCUAUGCCUAUGUGCUGGCCUGGGUGGCUUUCCCUCUCACUCUCAUCAGCGGCCUCAUUUAUAUUGUCCUGAGGAAGAAAGAAUGAGAGGAGCAGAGGAGAAAAGAGGAGGGGUAGUUAGGAUACCCCUUACAACAACAUCGCACUGUGCCUACUGCCCACAGACCAUGGACUGACAUCCCAACAAUACAACUAAAGUGCAUGUGUCACUAAUCAUUGUAAACACAAGGUCGAGACAUUUGUCACUUCUGGGGAUCUUUUUUUGCUGUAUUUCAGUAUCCACUACAUUCCCAUCACAUGUUGAAAAGUACCACACCUGUUUUCUUUGUGAAUUUUAACAGGCUGAGUGCCACUACUCAACAGAUUCUCUUUCAAAUGUGUUUGUAAAUGUGUUGGAGACAUAUUGACUUUUGUUGCAUGCUGGCACCCGACUUCCACAAAUCCAUCGUGUGUGAUCUCAAAGACGAGUAACCCUGCCUCGCUUCAGUACAAAGAUGUACAUAAUGUCUGUGGUUUUUAGACAUAUUUAUAACAUUUUUACAUACAUUUUGUACAUAGUGUUGUCAAGUUAACAUUGUCAUGCUCAUUUAUGUGAUAGAGUUGUUUGUGUCUCUCACAAAUCAUGCAGCUGUGCCAAAGAGAUAAAAGAUCGCUUAAACUGCCAGAGUAUCAAGCUUUUCUAAACAAUUGUCUUUUUUCGAGCGUCAAAUGCUUCGAAACACGUGCCUUACUUAGAAUAUCUGUGUUCUUCUUGAAGGAAAUGAGAAACUCUUCAUAAAUAAAUAACAAUAAAAAGUUAACUGAUGAAGUUUUUCUGAAUUAUCAUUGUACUUGAUAUGGAAAAUAAAAGAAAUGUUUUGCAUUUUUUAAUCUAGUUUUGAAAAAUGUUCCUAAAAUGGUGCUUUUUUUAUCUACUAUUCUUGAAAUGUAUAGCCUACUUUGUGUUGCAAGUGUGUCAUGUGCUGUGAUUAAUUUUCUUUGUACAAAAACCCCAGUUUGCAAUUUUGUCAGUAUUCUUCUAAAUAAACCGUUGGAAAUGAAUUAUUA